CCUACGCUUGUGGUGUGUGUAACUCCCUCGUGUCUUUCAGUAUGAUGUGCCCAACGGUCUCAUAAUGAACGGUGAUGCUCAUUUGCCCAUGGACACCGAGACAGAUGACAACAAAAAGUCUCGCGUCGAAUAUGUGGAAUCCAUACCAUCCAAAGUGGUCCACAUUCGAAAUAUGCCUACCGAUGCUUCCGAGCAUGAGAUCGCACUUUUGGGUAUACCAUUCGGUACUCUUGAAAACAUGGUUUUAUCCAAAAAGGCUGGACAGGCCCUUAUUGAAAUGCAAGAUUUGGACAGUGCUAUCCUUAUGAUUGCCUACUAUCGAAAAUUUCCGGUUGCGCUUCGAGGCAAACAUUUAGUGAUGCAGUUUUCAAAGCAUCAACGCUUGGAGCUCCAUUCAGAGAACAUUCACAUUGGUGAUGCACUGAAGAAUGCGAAUUGCAUCGUGCAACAAGAUCUUAGCGGGGCAAUCGCAGGCGUUCCCAACACUGUGCUGCGGGUUUUAGUUGACAACGUUAUGGGCCAACAAAUCAACCAUACCAUCCUGCACAAAGUGAGCGAUCUCUUCUGACCUUUUCUCACUUCCGUAGAUUUUCCACCGAUACGGGAAUGUCCUUCGUAUUAUAACAUUUUUAAAGAACAACCAGUAUCAUGGUCUAAUCGAAUUCGAGGACCAUAUCCAUGCCUUCGUGGCCAUGUUGCAUUUAAACGGGCAGAAUAUUUACACUGGCUGUUGUUCUUUGCGAGUCGAAUUCUCAAAGAACCGUGGUCCCCUAGAAGUGCGCCAUGAAAACGAUAAAUGCAGAGAUUAUAUCACUAAUCCAUUGACGGAAGAUGAGCUUGCGAAUCUCAGGAGAUACCCCGGAGGAUCGUCGACCUCGUUUGGCCCUGCCAAUGGUGCUUAUCAUUCGAAUUCCCCUGGCAACCUUGCCUCUCACUUCUCCAAUGCUGUAGUCCCCGCAAUCACUCAGGGUAUUCAUCUUCCCGUCGGCAUGAUAGCUUCAUCAAGCGCUGGCGGUGCUGGCAUCGGUGAUUUGACUACGCAGCUUGCUGUUUUGGCGCAGCAAUCGGGGUUUGCUCUCACUCCGGCCGCGGCGGCUGCAACUGCUAGUUUUAUGGCUCUCACAUCACAGAACAACGCCGUCGGUGCUCACUCGAUGGCUGCCGAUCCCAAUCUCGCCGCGCUCAUUGCAGCUAUCCAAGGAAGCGCGGUGCAGAAUUCGGUACUCUCUCAUCUGGCGGUGGGCAAUCCUUCACUAAAUCACAUGCAACAGCAUCACAUGUCCUCCCAUCUGAUGAACUCUACCGGUGCCCGUGCUGCUCCUCCGAACAAUAACGGUGGCACUGUCCUCAUCGUAUCCAAUCUGAAUGAGGAGAGGGUGUAUCCGGACGCUCUCUUCACUCUUUUUGGCGUCUAUGGGGAUGUUACUCGGGUGAAAAUUAUGUUCAACAAAAAGGACACGGCGUUGGUCCAAUUUGCCGACUCCCUACAAGCCCUCACCGCUUUACAGAACCUCUCUGGACAACGGUUAUGGGGUAAAUUUAUGAAGAUCGCCGUCUCCCGGCAUAGCGUUGUACAGCUUCCCAGAGAAGAUUCAGACAAUGGCCUUACAAAGGACUAUAGCACCAGUCUUUUGCACCGCUUUCGCAAACCCAACUCUAAAAACUACAUGAACAUUUACCCCCCUAGCCAUAUAUUGCAUUUGAGUAAUAUUCCCCCAACUAUCACCGAAGACGACGUCCGACUUUUGUUUGCUACCAAGGGCUUCAAUGUCACCGGCUUCCGGUUCAUGCAGAAAGAUAAAAAGAUGGCCCUUGUUCAGCUGGACUCUGUGGAUACGGCCAUCCAAGCUCUGAUUGAAUUGCACAAUAGCCAGCUCACUGAGAACUCUCAUUUGCGGAUCAGCUUCAGUAAAUCUGCGAUAUGACACGCGAACAAUGAAUGUAAUUUCCCUCCGUCCCCUGCCCAUCAUCCCCCUUUACUUCGACCUCUCCAUGUGUGGAUAUGACGGUGCGCGCGUAUUGCCGUCUGCCUGCGUGUGUGUGUAUGUCGGUUUCUUUGACCAUGUCAGUGUGGUACGACGGCGGAUGUUAUUCUGUUCAGUGCCCACCUAAAUUGUUGACUGAUU